AGCGCUGAAGUUUUAAUUAUCUGGCAACCUAAAGCGUCAGCUGACCUGUGGAUCACUGCGAAAAGACAGCACACAUAGCAUACCGCAGCUCUCGUAGACUACCAAAGACUUUGUUGUAUAUUUUUAAUUUUAAUCAGCGAUCAUGAGCAGCACGCAAUCCAGCACACGAUUUAGUGACGAAAACUACAAAAACUGGUUGAAGACAGCCGAAAGUCUUUACAUACUGAGGAAUCGCAUUCAGAACUUCAUUGAAAAGGAAACCGAAACUUACCACAGCUCUCUCAGAAAUAAACAGGAGCUCAAUGGAAAGACUUGCCAUCAAAACUGCAAUGAUAAGGACAUCAAUCAGAAGUCUCUCUGUCAGUUGUGUGAAUGCUGGAGGAAAGAAAUUGUGGCCAAUCACAAUGGGAAAUAUGGUAUACACUGGAACAACUGCAAACCAAAUCGUUGGUCCACAGAUAAGUGGGAAGUUGCCAAGGCGUACAUGCCACGUGGGCACAGAGACCAUUGUGAGUUUUCCCACUUUGAUGUUGCUGCCAUUCUGAACUUCAUGAACUUCUGUAAACAUUUCAGUAAAAUUCAAGGGCAUCAUGUGAGGAAUGUAAUAAAUGUACGGAACAAUGUGAUGCACUCCCCUGACUUAAAAAUGAGCAACGAGGACAUGAAAAAGCAUCAUAGCACAAUUCUACUGCUGGCCAACAUGCUUCAACCUCAGGUUCCAGAACUGAAUGGCUUGGAGGAGGAGAUAAAACAGUAUAAUAACACCUUGGACCAGAAUUUCAAUAAACCCCUAUGUGAAGUAGAUGGCCAGCAGAUAAACGUCCAUACCCGGGAACUUCUGGACCGUGAGAACCAAGCCUUGAAAGACAAGAUUAAAGACAUUAUUUCAUCCUUUGAGGGGAACCAAGAAGAAAAUGUCAAUGGCAAACUACAGGACUUUAAGCAUAUCAUGGACUUUCUGGACCAAAACAAAGAUCUCCUGGAGAAUCUGGGUCCUGAGGUCAACAAACUUAAAGAGAUACAAACAAAAGUAGAUGAACUCGACGAAGAGGUCAGCACCCUUAAAGUCAGAAUGGAUCAACUGGAAAAAGAGAAACAAGAUCCAUUGCUUCCUGGCAUCCCACCUAGAUAUAAGAAUCAUCUUUUUGAGUUUUGUCGUGCAAAGAAAUGGCUCGAGCCUGUUUUUACAGAGACUCAAGAAGCCCAGGGUUAUAGGGGUAAGGUGACAGUGAAUGGGCAAAGUUUUACUGGCAUAAGAGUUUUUAAUGACAAAAAGGGUGCCCAUCAGGAGGUAGCAUGCAUUGCCCUUGAACAGAUGAAAUCACAGGAAGAAAGCACGAAUGAACCAUCCAGUUCUGUUAUGCAGCCUGAGACGUCCUGCUCAUCUUCCUCAGGAAUUUACUUUGGCAAAGUAACCGUGGAUCUCAAUUUAGAAGUUGAGUCAGAAAGAUGCCCUUCAGCAGAGGAAGCAAGUGAAGCAGUUUAUAAGAUUUUAUGGGAAAGUUUUCACCUCAGCGCUCCAGUACAAGGUCAGACACACAGGUCAGUGAUCUUGGAAUAUUUCAACGCAAAUUAUUUCCAAAAACCAUCAGAAUACUUUGUUCAAAAUGAUGACAACACAACUAGCUGCAAGCUCAAACUCAUUGGGCCUUUCACAUUUUAUGACAAAGAUGGCUCCACCAAGAAGAAACUGGCAGAUCAACAGGCAGCUAAAGUUGCCUUGCAGCAUCUGUCAGGUAUUUUCAACUGUGCUCCAAUAUCAGAAACGGAAAAGAACUUCAAAGGAAUUCUGAAGGAGUGUCUUGAGACAAGGGGUCUCAAAAGUCCCAACUAUACCACUGUGAAUAAUCCAGAGAUUAGUGAAAAACAGGUGGCCAUGAGCAUCAGCCCAGACCUGACAAAUUCUGCAGCAUCUAUUACUCAGGCAGCAGAGAAAGAGCAUUCAGAGCUCAAGUCUGGCAACAUUUGCAAAUCAGCACAGCUUCCGGUAUUUCAAGAGGCAGCUUGUAUUCCUGUUCCUAUGCUGCCAGACCCUCAAGACUCCAGUUCUCCAGCUGUAGUAAGGAAAAAGCCCAGGAUUGAUUGUCUAGCAAAAACUUUCUUUGGUAAAGUGACUGUAAAUCUCAAAGACGUUAUGUCUGAGAGAUGUUCUUCAAAGGAAGAAGCAGCUGAGGCAGCUUAUAAGAACUUAAUGGAAAGCUUUUGCAUCAAUGCCCCAGCAGAAGGCCAGACAUACAGAUCAGUGAUCAUUGAUCAUUUUGGCAAAUAUGAAGUACAACAACCAAUAGAAGAGUUUGAUGAUGAUGACAACAACACAACAAUCUGCAUUCUGAAAUUUAGCCCUUUUAUUUUUUACGACAAAGAUGGUUCCACCAAGAAGAAACAGGCAGAGCAACAGGCAGCUAGUGUUGCUCUUGAUCGUCUAUCGGGGAUCUUCAACUGUGCUCCUGUAUCAGACGAUAAGCAGAACUUCAAAGGUGUUUUGAAGGAGUUUCUAGAGUCACUGGGUCACAGUAAUCCCAUCUACGAUACUAAAGAGCAUAAAGGUGAAAUCAGGGAAGAGCCUGGGACUGGCGGCAUGACCCCAAUACUUUCAAACUUAUCUAUCAGUCAAUCAUCAGUGAUGGAAAAUGUUGAGUUUGAAAGCAUCUCCACAUCAGUGCAGCUCCCAAUAUGCCAAGAGUCAGUUAAUGUUUCUCUAGACAGUUCUGUAGCCUCAAUGAGGAAAAAGCCCAGGAUUGAUUGUCCAGAAAUAAACGAGCUGCUUCGUGUAUACAACCUGAUGCCACAUGUCGAGGUGGAGAACGUGAAGUGUGAUCAGGGUUUUAAAUGUACUGUGAAAAUCAAUUUGGAAGAAUUUACCUGUGCUAACAAGCAAGGUUAUGACACGAAGAAAGAAGCCAUUCGAAAAACCUACCUGUUGUUUGGCUGUGCAGUAUCAAUUCUGAAUAAUACAGAUGAAAAGACAUCGAUUGCUAUGGUGAAGAUGCGUUUUUCUCAGAAUUCUCUUCCUCUCCCCCAGGAAGAUGUUGAAGGUUCUUCAAAGUUGUUUUACUGUUCACUAAAGAACAUAAAUUACACAGUUGACUAUGACGGAGAAGGGUCCUCAGAGGAUGAAGCCAAGUUGCUUGCUCUCCAGAAAGCCUUACGUUUUCUAUCACCACUUUUUAAUUAUCCUUCCCUACCUGGAGCUGAUCAUCCUGAAGAGGUUCUGAAUCAGUUGAGCUCUAUCCUAAAGGGAGCCAGUCAGAAAGAUCCUAUUGUUUCCCUGGUUGUUAUGAACAAGGCCUGUGUCCAGCUGUCUUUCUGUGACUAUACAAUGAAGUGCACAUGCCAAAGUACGAAGAAAGCAGCUCGAAAUCAUCUCAGUGCACGAAUACUGGGACUGCUAGGGAUAGAAACAGAUGCAAACAACGCAAAUUUGAAAAACCAAUUGGAUGUGUGGUUCACAAAGAAUAGCCCGCCAAAACCAGUGUUUGAGGACACAGAAGUGACUGGAGCAAAGGCUACUUUCUCUGUUCAAAUAACCAGCUGCAGUCCAGACUGGGAGGAAAAUUGGGAAACUGCAAAGAUGAAACUUCUUGAAGUGCUGAAGAACAGAUUUCAGUUUCUGGAUGAAAAAAACUACUGAAAUCCAUGCAAGAUAAAAAAAGCACUGUUUGUUGGAAAAAUCUACUGUAACUUGACUUGGUUGAGGUGCUUAACGCUGGUUUCAAUUGGAACAUAUAUGCGAUUAUAUUUUAAAAACAAUAAUAUACAGUAUGAACAUUUAGGCAGUACGUUUACUGUACAUGUAUUCUUGUUAUUGGACAUGGUAGUGGGAUUUAAAUCAACAAAAAAUGUUACUGAAUUAAAGUAUUUUAAAGGUAUACCAAUUAAUAAACAAGUUGAGUUGUCAAAGAUGUAAAACAUGAAAUAAUUAAAUUAUUGAGAGAUUUUUAACUAUUAUAACAACUAAACGUAGGAAACAGAGUAAAUAGGAAGGAUAAAAAGAUUUCUUGGAUUCAAAAAGUCAGUAAAUCACUGCAUUAAACCCAUUUGAAUCAACUAGAAUAUAUUAAUAACACAUUCAGUAUAACUGGAUUGAGAACAAAUGCUUAAUUUAUUUUUCCAAAUUGUACUUGAUGUGAUGUUGUAUUUGCUGAAAAGCUACUUGUCAUAGUUUCCAAAUAGAGUAGUAUUAUAAUCUAUUAAUUUGAAGAAAAACACUACUCUUCAUAACCAUUUGGCUGAUCUUACAAAAUUAUUAUGGAUCAUCAGCAUUUAUUUAUGGUGGAUUCUCAAGGCCAUUUUAUUAUUAUUGAGAUUUUGCUGAGGUUUGUACAUUUUGAAGGCUGUUUACAAAAAGAAAGUUUACAAAAACUAAAUUGUGACCAAAUUUGCAAUUUAAUAAUGAUGUAUGUAUUUAUUAAUUUAUUAUACUGUUCUUCGGUAGUUUUGCAUUGCAAUUGUUGGAUGAAUGGUACAUUAUAACAUGUUUUCUGUAUUCCCUAUAUUUAAAAUAAAAUGAUCCCUCAAAUCAGUA